CACAUAUGAUGAAUAUUACCAAAUAUUCCGACAAGUCACCCGGUUAGAACAUCUAUUUACAGAAAUAUCACAUGAUUCCGUUGGACGUAUAUAAACUAAUUCUACUAAUUCUGAACAGCAGCGCUGUUUAGGAUCACACAGGUCAAAUUAAGGUAUGGCGACCAUGAAGUUAGUACUUGCCCUUGCUGUUGUCGUUGCCUAUGUUGAGGCAGGUGGGUAUGGUCAUGGUGGAGGACACGGAGGAGGAUAUGGUGGAGGACACGGAAGAGGAUAUGGAGGAUAUGGCGGGGGUUAUAGGAUGGGAUAUGGAGGAGGAUACGGUAAAGGAGGAGGAUACGGAAAGGGAUACGGAGGAGGAUACGGAAAAGGAUAUGGAGGAGGAUACGGAAAAGGAUACGGAGGAGGAUACGGAGGCGGAUACGGAGGCGGAUACGGUGGUGGAUACGGGGGUGGAUACGGUGGAGGUGGAUAUAGCAGCGGAUAUGGCUAUGGAACUUAUGGUAGCAUCAUGCCAUAUAGUUCAGGCUCAUACCUCGGCGGUGCAUCUACAUACCCAUCAUAUGGCGGAUCUAGCAACUAUCUAUACGGAAAUUCUGGUUCCUACUUAGCUGGUGGUAGCUAUCCAAGCUACACUGGUGUUGGAGGUUUUGGAGGUGCCUCAGGAUUUGGAGGUGUUGGCGGUCUUGGUGGUGUCGGAGGUUUAGGAGGUGCUGGAGGGUUUGGAGGUGUUGGAGGUUUAGGAGGUGGUGCAGGGUUUGGCGGUGUUGGAGGUCUCGGUGGUGUCGGUGGCGGAUAUUAUGCCGGUGGUGCCUAUGCACCAUCAACAUCAAUCUACUCUGGUUCUGCACCUGUGUACAGUGGUACAAGUUUGGUAGGAUAAGCAAAUAGCGUAUGUGUCAUAAGUCAUCAGAAGAGGUUGUCCAAAGUACAGAUUCUGGUAUAGCAGCUGUUAAAUUUCAAGAAACUCUUUCCAAAUAAAUCAUUUGAAAUAA